CACAGCGAAGAAGGCUAUCUUUCAACCAAAGGACUGGGAAAGUAUGGACCAGAUCCCACUUAUCAUAAAUAUGACAAAAACGGGGUAAGCAUAACGUAGUUCUCUUCGCUUAAGCUGGAAUUUUCCCCCUUACUUAUCAAUGUCUUUUCUCCCAGGUUAUUGUUCCUCAAGGCCCAUAUAAAGAGCAAGUGAAACCCACGGGAAACAGUGCAACCAAUAUGUUUUCCUACGGUUAUCUACAUAACAAUGAGUAUAUUGUGUACGACCCAGCUCAAGUUCGCAUGAAAUACCUGGUGGUAGUUCAGAACAAGCGGUAUUGUCCGGUGUGUACUAAGCAAACAGAAAACGGAUCCUUGAAGCGAAUGCAGGAUUUCAACUUCUGCGAAAAAGAUUACAAGCAUAACAUGAAGCGAUGCAAUGAAUAUGAGUCUACGUUAAUCUGCAUGCAAAUGGUCUAUCAAGGUACCGAUGCUCAAAAGAUCUAUCAAGAAGGCAUUGAAAAUCAGCUUGCGGCACUAGAAACCAAUCCUUGUGGUGCCGACAAGUUGUCUCCAGCUAUGCGACUCAACAAAACCACUUCUGUUUGCACCUCAUGCGCAAAUGAUAUCAAAGACCGGCUACUUAUAAAUUGGUUCAAAAAGACAACUGAUGGAAUACCUGCUGAAGUACGCCAUCGAGAAGACUGUAAAUGGGGAUAUGAAUGUAUAACACAGCACAAGAGCUUGGAUCAUGCUAAACUAUAUAAUCAUCUCUGUGUAAAAACUGCGGAAUGAUCCAUCACCUUUCCGAAAUAAAAACCGUAUACCAUUAUUUGAAUUUCAAUCGGUCGCGCUGAUCGGAGUUCGUGUAACCAUGCCAAGCAAUGGAGAUAAAACGUCAGUAGUUUGAAGAUGCCAAGGCCCGGUAUGAGAGAUACAAUCUCAGGAAAGUGCCGCUGUACGGAGGAAUAAUUUAAAGAGCC